GCCACUCGGAAACUGGAGAAGAGCAUCGCGCCACAAACGCCCUGAUACUUCCACUCAUUGUUCGCGCCGGGACGUAGCAAUGAUGUACUGCAAGUAUUGCUGAAACUUCCUCGCCAUGUCUGACGUCGUGUCCAACGCCCGUGCCCUUGGCAGCGAUGUGGCUGAUCGCAUAAAACAGUUCUUUUUUUGUGUGUCGCCCAUGGUAGCUGAGCGAGUUUUCGCCGCGUUUGACAUUUUCCCAGUGUCAUCUCUCAACUUGUGUGUCGUUCCAAGUUUCGUCACCAUGACUCCCUUCACCGGCGUUGCAGCACUGCUCGAUUUCUUCAGUUGGAAUCGAAAUGCAAGACUCUUCAAGUGCUUUUGGGUGCAGCGGUUAUCGUUGGAUGACACGGUCCUAAUGCAAGGAUUCCAGAAAUUAUUUAGUUUGUUCAGUGGUGUUGUUUUCGUAUACAGAAAGGAUGGUGCGAUCUCGUGCAAAAACAGUUUCCUGUCAACCGUCGCGCGCUGCUUGUCCACUUUAAACUCGAUGGUGCAACCAUCCAAGUGCUCGUUAUCCAUAGAGGAUGUGCCAGAGUAUAUGCGCCACAAUGCGUAUAUUAAGUUAGGUUAUAGAGACUUUGUCACCACAAGAGAAUGCCUUCGCGGGAUCUUCUCCUGGCAUAAUGAAACGGUCAACAUCUGGAGCAACUUACUGACUGUUAUUAUUUUAGCCAUCUUGACAGUCAACGAUUACAAGUUCCGUUACGACCCCGUGUCAACGUUCGACCGCUACCUCUCGACAGCGAUGUCAGCGUCCUAUGCGACCAUGCUCGUGUUAUCCAUGUUCUACCACGUGUUCAACUGCUGCUCUGAAAAAGCAUUCCGCUUCUGGUAUCUGUGGGAUUUUUUCGGAAUCUGGCUCAGCAUGAUUACUUACACCGCUGGAUUUACCGUGCUGCAGUUCAGACGCCACUUAGUGUGGCAGUGUGUUUAUCUAAUCACAGAAGCUGUAAUUGCAUUGUUCAUGUGCUGCCUCACGUUCAUUCCGAGUUUGCGAAAACAAGAGUGGGAUGAUACGCGAACCCAAGCGGUCGGAUGGUUCGUCGUCUUCAGUUUACUACCCCUCGUUCAUAGCGAGUGCAUCAAUCCUGAGAGUGUUGUUAGGGCAACAGCGUUCGGACAUUGGGCCGUUAUUGGGACUCUUGUGCUGUCAUUCCUUGUAUUCUCGACGCGUUUUCCGGAAGCUUGGCAUCCAGGGACUGUGGAUUUAGUUGGUUCAAGUCAUCAGAUAUGGCAUAUCGGGAUCUCGCUCAGCGUUGUUGUAGCCCACGAAUUAUACUUCGCCUACAUCGAAGCAUACGGGAAACUGGCCUCUAUACAAGUCGUCACUGCUUAGGGCAUUUUUCUCUUUAGUCACGACACGAUGCUGUUCUUUGAAUUAAAGUGAUCCGACCCGGA